AUGUCUAAUACGCAAGGUAGUGAAUGUGGCGAUGGUGGUGGCAAAGGUGGUGGCGGUGGUAGUUUUGGUAGCGGUAAAAGAGGUGGUGAUGAUGGUGGUGACGGCAGAGGUAGCAGAGAUGGUGGUAGCGGAGAAGGUGGUGAUAGCGGCGGCAAUGGAGGCAGAAGUGGUGGUGGUGGUGGUGGAGUUGAGGUAGUGGUGGUAAAGGCGAUGUUAGCGCUAGUGGAGAUGAUGGAAAUGAUGGUGGCAAAGACGGUGGUGAUGGUUCAUCGCUUGGCGAAAUUCACAAUUAUUUAUAUUGGCAUUAAAUAG